UAAAUAUAUUUGUCGUGUAUUCACUUCCAUUUAAUGAAUAUAACUUUUUUCAAUCUUCAAUGUUAUAAACGUAGAUUAGUUAAAGACAAGCUUGAAACUAUGGCCCCACAAACUUUUGUUUGUAUUUUUGGUAACUCUUGGUUUUUUGGAAUUUGUGAGGUUAUUGAAUAGUAUUGUAUCUCUAAUUUUAUUAUUAGCCUCUGUGGUUAAUGUUUAUCAUGUUCUACUUCUAGAGUGGCAACAAGAAGUUUACAAUUUUUAACAAUUUUCUAUUAGGACUUCUUAGCUGGUGCUUUAUUAAAAUAUCAAUUCGUAUUAAUUCUAGUGUUGCAUGAUAGUAAUAGUGACAAAAUGAUUACGAAUUUCGAUAAACUUUGUGCUGAUUUGGAAAGGCAAGAACUUGAGACACCAAAUGGAAUAGCCAGUCCCUCGACUUACGCUCAGCUAUUAGCUAUUUAUUUGUAUCAAAAUGAUCUGUGUAAUGCAAAAUUUUUAUGGAAGAGAAUACCACAAAAUGUAAUGAGUAGCUCCCCUGAAAUAGUUGCAAUAUGGGCUAUUGGACAGAAACUGUGGAAAAAAGAUUUACCUGGUACAUAUGAGGCAUUAGCAGCUUACUCCUGGACAGAACCAGUUUCCAACAUUAUAAGAGCUUUGGAAGAAAAUGUUCGAGAAAGGACUCUAAACCUUAUCGGAAGGUCGUACAGUUCCAUAAAAAUAGAUAAACUGAUCUCAAUGAUUGGCCUCAGCAGGGAAGCCACAUUACAAGUCUGUCAAGAUCGCAGGUGGACUCUACAUGAUGAUGGCAUGACAGUGAAUCCCUUACCCCCAGCACAACCAGCCCCAUUGCAUACUUCUAGUGAAGAUCAACUUUUCAAACUAACAGAAUUUGUGUCAUUCUUAGAAAAUUAAAACCAGUUGAGAUCCGUCGAUGAUAGAAUAUGCGAAAUAGUUCCGAAUCGAUGGAACAACAUGGCCGAAAAUUGUAUGACCAAAAUCAAGGCAAAGAAGAACACAA